AUGCCGUCGAAGCGGAAACGCGACAUUCUCGAGGGCUUUGACCCCAAUAAGUCGGACUCGGAAGACGAGAACUUCGACCCUAGCGAAGAGCGCCCUCCACGGAGCGCCAAGAAGUCGCGCUCAUCCAGACCCAAAGCCAAAAGUUCCCGGAAGCGCUCUAACCGAUACAGAGGGUCCGAUAUUGAGGAAGAUGAUGAAGAACUUUCAGACAGCGGCAAUGACGAAUCGUUUGGUGAAGACGAGGAUGACGAAGAGGAGGACGAAGAUCUUCCUGUUGGUGCGACCGGCAGGAGAAUGAGAAAAGCUGCUGUUAAACACCAAUCCUACAAGGAGAGUAGUGAGGACGAGGAAGAGGAUGUGAUCAAAGAUUCGGAUGGGGAUGAAGAAGAAGCUGAAGAAACGACCCCGAAGAAGCAGCCAAGCCGUCCCUCGAGAAUCGUCGUUCUGAAAACAAAUCCGCGGGUGCAGCGAGCUUCGAAACGCGGGAAAGACGAACCUGCACCGCCUGCCCCGCCAGCUCGUCGGACCAGAGCUCGCACUGAAGAAGUGGAGGAGCCUCUGGUGGAGCUGUCAAAUUCCGGAAGGCACGCGCAGCCAGCCCGCGCUUCGCGGAGUAGAAGCCCGGAAUCCAUGGCUCGAUCGACUCGCGCUACUCGGGGAACAAAAGGCCUCAAGAAGCCGCCCGCUCCCAUCGAAGAGGCGACGCAGGAGACCGACCCAAAGGAAGACGUUGACCAGUUGAUGAAUUCACCAGAUGAGCUUGCCCUUACUAAGGUUGAGGUCGAGCCUGGGAAUCAGGAAGAAGUGGACAAUGCUGCGCAGGAAGAGGAGGUGGCCGAGCCUGCCGCCAUGGAUGACCAACGAGAAGAACCUGCUCAGGUUGAGGCUCCGCCAGCGGCGGAAGAAGAUGACGACGAUGAUGCGCCCAUCACGAGGCGAACACGGGCCUCGAGAGCAAAUGCUGUCGCCGCGUCCGUUGAAGCGAAUGAGGCUGAAGCCGAACCUGAAACCACAAGAGGCGGCCGCCGUCUCCGGCCGAGAUCCGGACUUCGGAGCAAAAAGAAUACUCAGGAGCCGAGCAGCGAUUUCGAGCCUGGCGACGAGUCUGGCGAAGACCAGAUGUCUGGUUCCGAAGCCUCAAAGAAUGGCGAUGCCGGCGGUGAUGGUGAAUCCACCCCGACACCUCGUGGCCGUGGUCGCGGUUCUCGUGCCCAAAGCCGAAGGAGCCGCCGCAACAGGCAGGAUUCUGGCGACGAAGAAGUGGAGCUCGACAAAGAUGAGAUGGCCGAAGAGCUUGAAGAGCUUAGGGAGAGCUCCAGGUCGCGUCCACGUCGCACUCGCCGCCGAUCGCCGUCAAUCCAGUAUGAGGAACGCAUUUCCAAGAAACGCCGCACCAAGCCUGUCAACUACAGCAUUCCCGCCAUUGACCCUGCAGCGCUCGAGGUUGAGGAAGAUGACGACGAGCCUGCUGCAACACCCGCGAGAAACCGGAGGGCCGGUAAGGGUGUUAGCAAUCAGGCUUGGGAACGUGCCCUCAACACCACUUACGGCCCCUUCGGCGGCGGCGGCGGAGCUGGGGCUCUUCUUGGAGGGCCCUGGGGCACUGGGGCGACAGGUGGCGUGGAGUCGGACAGCAGCGACGACGAGUUGGCGCAGCGAUCUGGAAUUGGAGGCGCCCUCGGCAUGACACCCACGGCAGCUGCGCCAUCUGUCGGUCUGUUCAACCCAGUUGGCCAGACUCACAACGCUGAUGGCGUCGGAGGCAUCGGAGGCGCCACGCCACAGGUCGGCAAGGUCAAGAAUCAGAAGGCGUUUGCCGAUGCCGAUCCCCUCGGAGUGGACAUGAGCGUCGACUUCAGCAAGGUUGGAGGCCUGCAAGGCCACAUUGACCAGCUCAAAGAGAUGGUUCAACUCCCACUCCUUUACCCAGAACUCUUCCUGAAGUUCCAUGUCACGCCUCCCCGUGGUGUCUUGUUCCAUGGACCGCCCGGCACAGGUAAGACUCUCCUUGCUAGAGCCCUGGCGAACUCAGUUGGCUCUGGUGGCCGCAAGAUAAGCUUCUACAUGCGCAAGGGAGCCGACGCUCUCAGCAAGUGGGUUGGCGAAGCCGAGAAGCAGCUGCGUUUGCUAUUUGAGGAAGCACGGAGGACGCAGCCCAGUAUCAUCUUCUUCGACGAGAUUGACGGCCUUGCGCCUGUCCGGUCUAGCAAGCAGGAACAGAUUCACGCAAGCAUCGUCUCGACAUUGUUGGCCUUGAUGGAUGGCAUGGACGGCCGUGGCCAAGUCAUUGUGAUUGGAGCAACGAACCGUCCGGACAACAUCGACCCUGCACUUCGCCGCCCAGGGCGCUUCGACAGGGAGUUCUACUUCCCGUUGCCUGACUUCGAAGCUCGACGGUCUAUCCUGGACAUUCACACCAAAGACUGGGGUCUCUCAGACGAGUUCAAGAACAGCCUUGCUGAAAACACCAAGGGCUAUGGAGGUGCCGACCUGCGAGCGCUUUGCACGGAAGCUGCGCUCAACGCCAUCCAGCGGACAUACCCGCAGAUCUACAGCUCAAAGGAGAAGCUGAUUGUGGAUCCGGAUAGGAUCACGAUCCACGCCACCGACUUCAUGUUCUCAAUCAAGAAGAUGAUCCCGUCGUCCGAACGGUCAACGUCGUCGUCGGCUUCACCGCUGCCUCGCGUCGUUGAGCCGCUGUUGAGGAAUCAAUACAUGGCCAUUCUGAGGGUUUUGGAUAAUAUCCUGCCCCGGCCUAAGAAGACGACGGCCCUCGAAGAAGCCAUGUACGAGCCUUAUGAGGAUGCGGACCAUGGAUUUGGCAGAGAGGCAAUGCAUCAGGAGUUCGAGCGCUCGCGCAUCUUCCGGCCCCGUCUACUAAUAUCCGGCGUCCCGGGAAUGGGUCAGAAUUACUUGGCGGCUGCUAUCCUGCAUCAUUUGGAAGGAGUGCAUGUGCAGACUAUGGACUUGGCUACGCUGUUGGGUGAUGGCCGGCCCAUGGAGCAGGUAAUUGUCAGCCGUUUCACGGAGGUGAAGCGGCACAAGCCCAGUGUCAUCUUCAUCCCCGGCGUCGACAUCUGGUGGAAUAGCCUUACCGACUCGGCAAUCACGACUUUUACCACCUUGCUGAGGAGCAUACCGCCCUCUGACCCCGUUCUUCUCAUGGCGACCGCCGACUGCACCCCUGAAAUGCUGCCGCCCGAGAUCCUGAAGGAGCUGUUUGGCUUUUCCAAGAAGAACAGGGCUGUUGUCGAGCGUCCCGAGCGGGCAAACCGACUCGAGUUCUUUGAGAAUAUCAUCACUCACUUGAGGAAAACACCAAACGAUUUCCCAGAUCCUGUGAAUCGUAAGAAGCGAAUCGUCGAAGAUCUCCCAGUUGCGCCCCCGCCGCCGCCGAGGACCUUGACCAAGGAGGAGAUUAAGGCUCAGCGCAAGGCUGAUCUGCAUCAUCUGAACCUUCUGAAGAUGCGUCUGCAGCCGAUCAUGGACCAGAUUAACCGCAAGUACCGGAAAUUCAGGCAACCCGUGAUCCCCUUUUCGCAAAUCGCCUACCUGUUCGACGAAGCCGACCCCAAUUUUGUUCGGCCUGAUCUUGCCCAUGGCCAGCACAGGCCUUUUGAAAUUGCGAAGGACAAGGAAGGCACAGAGGGAAUUCGGGAGACGGCCACUGGCAAGUUCUUCUACAACCUGGAGACGACCACGAUCGAGGAGCGUCUGGCAAACGGUUACUAUGCUCGACCGAUCGAUUUCUACAAGGAUAUCAACAGGCUGUACCUCGAUGCGAAGAACAUUGGUGACCGGGACAGGACACUCAAAGCCAAUGAGCUACGUACCAACGUUGAGGUUGAUGUGCACGACAUCGCGCAGAGCCUGGCAACCUCGGGCAUCAAGUUUGAAGAGAUCUAUCACCGCCAGCUGCAGAGGGCCAAGGAAGCCGAAGAGAAGGCCCGCAAGAGGAAGGCCUUGCAACCCAUGGUUGAUUUGAUCCAGUCGGAUAUUCCAGGCGACGGCGAUAGCGACUCGCAAGGGCCGGUGGGUAUUGGGCUCCCUCUGACCCGGGAUAUGCGGACAACCACUGCGGCCAGGUUCCAGCCGAUCAUGAGUCCACAGUAUAAUGGACAUGCGGACACAGCCGACUCGCACUGCUUGACAAACGGCACAUCGGUGCCUUCGCGAUCGGGUGGUGAAGAUGUCCACAUGGGCGGAUUGGAGGACGGUACCCAGCCGAUGUCUGGUCCCCGACCGGACCUGGUCUCGCCGCUUCAAUGGCCGCAGCUGGGACGUCGCCCGCCGCUUGGAGACUCGAGCAGGGCAACCGCUGGGACACAGUUCUCACAACGUUCAGCAGUCACCUCGAUUCCUCCGGGCGUGUCUCCGUCUGCCAUCCUGAACGAAGCGUCUACGACCAAGACGUCGGAGCUGUCCACCAACCGUGGUUCCGGUAACUGGAGCACACAGCGUACUGAUACGCAGCGUACCAACGGUUUAGCACGCAAUGCAGACGAGGCGUCGCAGCUCCUCGACACACAGCGGAACACACAGGAACUGGAUCAACAAUAUAGCGGUCACUCCAUCCGGUUGAGCCAGUCAAGCUCGAGCGGCAAGGAAUGGGCGCAUUCACAGGCCGCUGCCAUGGCCCAGGGGAUCCUCCAGCCCCGUUUGGGGAUGGCCAUGCCAAUGGGCCCGCCUCCGGGUAGCGGUUCUGCGUCUGUUCGGGUUUCAGAAGACAAUAUCCCAUCCUCGUCGCAGCGUCCGCCCCGCAAGCCCUCUGCCAGCAGCCUCGGCAACAUCCUCAACGAGGAACCCAGCAACCGCACAUUCUCAAACAACGGCAGCAGUGCGUCCGGCCCGGGCGCGCACACCCCCAAUUCCGGCUCCGGUUCCAGCUCCGGCCCCGGCACCACCUCGGCCCGCAGCGGCCCCCACAACAACAAUAACAACAACAACAGCAACCCCUCCCUCCGCCAAUCCGGUUCCAGCACCGGCUCGCAGCAGCCCGUCAUCCAUGAGGGCAGCGUCUACAAGUUCCUCCAGUCGCUGGCUGACCGCACGUCGGGCUGCAGCGUCGAGCAGCUCGAGCAGAUAUACCGUGAGCUGAUGGACGAGAUCUGGAAGACGCGGGACGAGUGGAACCGCAUGACGGUGUUGAACCGGCUCAUCUCGGUGUUCAAUGAUACCAUUGGGGAUAUCGAGCUUGUGCAGGGCGCGCUGGUGGAUAGUCAGAAGCAGCAGCGGAAGAAGGGCGGUGAUGGUGGUGAGGAAGGCGCGGAUGGGGAUGGGGAUGUGGAGGGUGAAGGGGAGGUGUUGGAGAGCGUUGAGGGUGUUGGACUAGGUGCGGGGUCGGUGCUGGGUGGGAGUCAGAUUCAGAGUCAGAGCCAGAGUCAGGGGAAGGGAAGUGUGGAGGAGCCGUGGGUUUAUCUGAGAUGA